GCGCCUCUUUUUUAUUUAAUUAAUUUCAAUAUAUAUUUCCCUCUUCGUAUCAUAAAUAUUCAUUCAAUUCAAUGCACAUCGUCGUCAUCUAUUACGAUUGUACCUUCCCUAUGUGAACAGUGAUUUCACCUCAACAACCCCUUUUUUCCUUCUUCUUCUUCUUUGCGCUUUCUCAAUUCAGUUGGCGCUGAAUCGAAGGUGGGUUCUUUCUGGUUUGGAAUCAUUUCAACUUUGUCAGAAGAAAAGGCUUUUGGUUCCUUGUCAUGAUUAAUGUUUAGAGAUGGUUUUAUAUGAGCAUUCGGAUGUUUUUCAGUGGGGUCUUAAUCUUCUUGAUGGCGACCCUGCUUAUAGUCCUGGAUACUAUGGCAACAUAAUUCAACAUGAUACUGGAGACAUCUAUAAUGGACACUACUUCCAUAACCAGUAUGAUAAUGAAUGCGACCAUGUAGAGAAUGAUGAGAUCAUUGCCCGUACACUUCAAGAAGAGUUUUCACAGCUAGAGAUUGCUGAAUCUUCAGGAUAUUUUCAGCAAGGUGAACAACAGUUCCAUGUUCCUGAGACUCAGCCUCCAUAUGAUUGGCAUAACUCUUCAAUGAUGAACUACUGUUCAGGAGAUCAUGAUUAUGCUCAAGAAGCAGUUGGUGAUGGAGAACCCUCUAGUUCAUGUUCUAGUCCUUGUGAAACAGAGGAAUAUUCAUUGGAGCUAACUGACAAUUAUCCACUUGAUAAUGAAGUUGGGAGGAGACUGAGUCAAAUGAUACCAAUUCCCCAUGUUCCAAAAAUUAAUGGUGAAAUUCCUUCAAUUGACGAAGCAACUUCAGAUCAUCAAAGGCUUCUGGAUAGAUUGCAGUUAUAUGACUUUGUGGAGAACAAAGUACAUGGCGAUGGUAAUUGUCAGUUCCGAGCACUGUCUGAUCAAUUGUAUCACGCACCUGAUCACCACAAGUUUGUGAGACGACAAGUUGUCGAUCAGCUUAAAUCUAACCCAGAGAUUUAUGAUGGAUAUGUUCCCAUGGAGUACGAUGAUUAUUUGGACAAGAUGUCUAAGAGUGGCGAAUGGGGUGAUCAUGUUACUCUCCAAGCAGCUGCAGAUUCGUAUGGUGUGAGAAUAUUUGUGAUGACUUCUUUCAAGGACACCUGUUGCAUAGAGAUACUUCCUCAUUUUGAGAACCCAAAAGGAGUGAUUUUCCUGAGUUUCUGGGCAGAGGUACACUACAACUCCAUUUAUCCCCAAGGAGAUAUACCAUCAAAUGAAUCUAGAAAGAAGAAAAGGUGGUGGAGCUUUGGCAGCAAGCAUUAGAGUCUUAGCUGAGCCAGUGAGCACACACCAUUUUGAACCUGUACAAUUUUCCUUGUUCAGGAAUGAAUUUAUAUCUCCAUGUUUUAGCUGCUUAUUUUUUAUGAUUAAUUUCAUUUACCUCUUCUAUUAAUUAUAAUCAUAAAAUUGGGUCUGCUCACUUCACACAGUUUCAUUCCAGUGACAUUUCAGAUGCUUUGGGUAAGAAA